UAGACAACAAACAGUCAGCGAGAAAAGUAUUUUAGAUCAAAAUUUUCUUUCUAAACCGAGAGAAGUUAAGGAGAUCGUUACCGCCGAUUGAUUUAAAGACGGGUGAUAGUAGCACAAUCUGGUCGCCUGUUCUCAAAUUUCUCGGAAAAAGGAGGAGAAGUAGCAGCAGAAAUGUUUCCAUCAGAGAUCUACCUUGAAAUCCUAUUAAGGUUACCGGUGAAAUCAACAUUUGUAUGUAAGUGUGUUUGCAAGACUUGGUUAUCUCUAAUUUCUGACCCUAGUUUUGUUAAAUCGCAUCUUAAUCUUACUAUCCAAACAAACAGACCUAACCUCAUUCUUAAAGGUACCGAUGAGACGAGGAGUGAGGACUGUGAAGUAAUCUUUUUCAUAAGUCAUGAUUUAUUAGACUCUUUGUUGUCUCCAGAUAAGGAAUUUCUUGAAUAUGCACUAGAAAUGGAUUACCCGUUCAAAUCCGGUUAUGAUUCAGUUGAAUUAAUGGGUUGUUGUGAUGGUGUGGUUUGUCUAUGGUUUUGUUUUAGUGCUUCCGAUAUGAAUUUUCUUUGUCUUUGGAACCCAGCUACCAAAGAGUAUAAGAAAUUACCUAAAUCACCAAAUGCAGAUGAUUUUUAUGAUUAUAAUAUGAUUGGUUUGGGUAAUGAUUCUAAGAGUGAGGAUUAUAAGCUCGUAACACAGUAUACAAAUGUAGUUGAAAUCUAUUCUUUGAGAUUAAAUUCGUGGACAAGUAUUGAAAAUAUGGCUUAUGAGUUUCAUAGUCUUAACAUAGUUGGGGUGCCUGUUCACAGAGAUCUUCAUUGGUUAGCUAAAUCACAAGAUUCAGAAGCUAUAGUUUGUUUAGAUAUUGGCAACCAGGUAUUCAAAGAAAUUCAACUACCAAAUGAACCUUUGGUGAGGAAGAAUGAUAAGCGUAAGUUUAUGACAGUGGGGGUGCUGGAAGGGUGCCUUUGUGUAGUUGCUAAUGUUACUAAUCUUCAUUCUGAAGUAUGGGUAAUGCAGGAUUAUGGUGUUCAAGAAUCUUGGAACAAACGCUAUAUAAUUACGGAUGAGAGAAUUAUGAAUGACUAUCUACCUCAUCUUAUGUGGUCUUUUAAGAGUGGUGAGCUACUAUUUGGAUUGUGUUCUUCUGAUGAUCUGAUUAUAUAUGACCCUAAAGAUGAAAGUGCUGGAGAACCAAACAUGCCUAGUUUGACGGAGUUAUACCAAGAAGGCUGUUAUUAUGAAAGCUUAGUUUCACUGGGGUCUGGUACUUAUGUGGGGGGAGAAUAAGAAGAAGCCAUAGCUAGAGCGUGAGAAUUUUUCAGCAGUCCUUAUGAUUUAUACUUCUCAUGGCAUUUUCUUAUGAUCCGAAAUUUGUUAAACUUUCUUCACUCUACUUCAACCUGGAAGGAUUCUUUCAUCUUCUUCCAUCUUUAUUCCAACACACAAGCAAGGUUGUCAUUGGUGUUCAGCAUAGGAGUAAAGGACGUGUUUCAUUCAACUGAGGAGCUAAUUUAGGUAUGCCUUUUUUCUUUUCUUUUUUGAUUGAAGGAGUUUAUCUGUCUGUGGUAUUCAAGUUUAUCUGACUGUGGUAUUCAAGUGAUUCUUUGGGUUUGAAACUGAAUGCUGAACUAUAAUGAAAAGACAAUGGAGAUUGUGACGGAAGUUAUCGAAUUGGUUCCCAAAUCUCUCAUAUUGAUCAGAAGAAGGAGAAGCAGCAGCAGCAAACAUGUUUCCAGCAGAGAUCUACCUUCAAAUCCUCUUAAGGUUACCAGUGAAAUCAACCUUUGUAUGUAAGUGUGUUUGCAAGACUUGGUUUUCCCUGAUUUCUGACCCUAGUUUUGCUAAAUCACAUUUUAAUCUUACUAUCCAGAGAAACAACUUCAGUCUCAUUCUUAAAGGUAACGACUUGAGCAGGAUUAGGAAGUGUAACGUAAUCUACUCCAUAAGUCAUAAUUCAUUACAAUCAUUAUUGUCCAGAGAUGAAGAAUUUCUUGAAUAUGCAGUAGAGUUGGAUUACCCAUUCAAAUCAUUAUAUGAAUCAGUUUUAUUAACGUCUUGUUGUGAUGGUUUAGUUUGCCUAUGGUUCUGUUUUAGGGAUUGCGGUAUGAAUUUCCUUUGCCUUUGGAAUCCAGCCACCAAAGAGUACAAGGAAUUACCCAGGUCACCAUUUGCAUAUGAUUAUUCUGAUUACGUCAUGAUUGGUUUGUGUUAUGAUUCUAAGAGUGAGGAUUACAAACUUGUAACGCGUACUAUUGGUGUUGUCGAAGUUUAUUCUUUAAGAUUAAAUUCAUGGACAAGCAUUGAAAAUGUGCCUUAUGAGUUUCAAAGUCGAUCGGAUGGGGUUCUUGUUAAUAGAGAUCUUCAUUGGUUAGCUGUAACACAAGAUUGUUCUAAAGUUAUAGUUUGUUUAGAUGUCGGUGGCCAGAUAUUCAAAGAGAUUCAACUACCAAAUGAACCUUUGGUGAAUAAUAAUGAUGAGCAUAUGUUUGCGACAGUGGGGGUGUUGGAAGGGUGUCUCUAUGUUAUUGUUGAUUUUUUUAAUGUUCAUUCUGAAGUAUGGGUGAUGCAGAAUUAUGGAGUUCGGGAAUCUUGGACUAAACGCUAUACAAUUAGCAAUGAGAGAAUUUUGAAUGCAUAUUUACCGAGUCUUGUGUGGUCAUUUAAAAGUGGCGAGUUACUAGUUGGGAUUUGGUCUAUUUUUGAUCUAGUUAUAUAUGACCCUACAGAUGAAAGUGUUAGAGAACCAAACAUGCCUAGUUUAACGAAGUUGGGCAAAGAAGGGUAUUAUUAUGAAAGCUUAGUUUCACUUAGAUCUGGUACUUAUGUGGGAGGGAGAAGACGAAGAAGGUAGAGCGUGAGAGAAGAAUGAGAUGAAGAAGAAGAAGCCAUAGGUUGAGUGUGAGAAUUUGUCAGCAGUCCGUAUAAUUUACUUUUCUCAUGGCAUUUCGUUAUUAUUCGAAAUUUGUUAGUCUUUCUUCACUCUGCUGCAACAACACUAGGAGGAAUCUUUUGUCAUCUUCCAUCCUUAAAUCAACACAAUAAGCAAGGUUGUCAUUGGUGUUCAACAUAUGAGUAAAGGACGUGUUGCAUUUCACUGAAGAAAAGGCAAUGGAGAUUUCCAGGGUAUGUUGAGAACUCGUUGUAACAUUGGGGAUGCUUGCUGGUUGUCAAGCUCAAGUUGGUAAUGUGAACACUGAAUUGUUGUUUCAAACAUGCUAAGCUUGAUUACUUUAGUAAAUCUUAUUAUGUUCAAGUAUUGUCGGGAUGCUAUUACUUUGAGCUAGAAACUAUUUGUAGCA